AUGCAAUCCGCCGCUCGCCGCACCGCGCAACUGGCCCUCCGUCAAGCCGUCCGAGCCCCCUCGUCGGCGGCCUCGACGCGCUCCUACUCGCUCCUGACCAAGGCGCGACAGGUCGCUGCUCCUCGCACGCCCGCCGUGAGUUCUCCAAAGCCAAGGCCGGCCUGGCGCCCCAGCUGCAGGAGGCCGCCAGCCAGCAAGCGACGGCCAAUACUUGCGCCGGAGCAGUAGUCGCUGACCACACUCCCUAUCCACUCUAUAGACUGUCCGCGGUAUCAAGUCGCUCGACUUUGGUGACGGCAACGCCGAGACCGUCUAUGAGCGAUCCGGUGGGUCUUCUGAGCCUCGCCGCGCCGCAGAUCAUCUCUCUACUCGCACCCCGUCCCAGAUGUCACCUUACCGGAUCUGCAUCAAAAGAGGAUGGAAAGGGGAAGAAGGUCCUGCCUUGGUGGCGCUCCGAUGGGAUGAUCUGGCCGUCGGAAGACAGGAUUGUGCCGGGAAACCGUCUCGUGUCACCUCGCGCGUGCCAAGACCCAUCGGCGCCGAUCCUAGUGCAUCCGAUGCAGCCAUUGUCCUCAUCUGCGAGCUGCUCGCUUCGAGGUGGCAUCGCAUCGAUAGAUGCUCUUUGCACCAUCGCAUUUCUUCCAAGACGAGCGGUGACUGACCAGUUCCAAUUUUCGUUCCUCUUCUGUACCCGCGGCUUUCCUUCAGACUGGCCCCUUCCCAAGCUCCAAGAGUGAGUUCGGUCACGACGUUGCAUGCGCCCGAACCCCCGGAACUAGAAACUGACCAGAUCGAACCGUUGAUCCUCCCCCUGCCCCGCUCCUCAGGUACCUCAAGAACGACACGCUCGCCUUGAUCGGUUACGGCUCGCAGGGUCACGGCCAGGGUCUCAACGCCCGUGACAACGGCAUCAACGUCAUUGUCGGUGUCCGCAAAGAUGGCGAGUCGUGGCGUCAGGCGCAGGAGGACGGAUGGGUAAGCGAGCGCACCCGUCUUCAGGGAAUUGGGCAGAUUUGAGUCAAUGCUGAUCUUUCAACUCGCCACAGGUCCCCGGCAAGAACUUGUUCUCGAUCGAAGAGGCCAUCGAGAAGGGUACCAUCAUCAUGAACUUGCUUUCCGAUGCCGCUCAAUCCCAGACCUGGUCGCACAUCAAGCCCCUCAUCGUACGCUUUUCGCACGUUGUAUUAGGCACCAGACAGUCGAACUGACCCGCGGGUUGUUCGGUCUCUUUCCACAGACCAAGGGCAAGACCUUGUACUUCUCGCACGGUUUCUCGGUCGUCUUCCAAAAGGACACCGGUGUCAUCGUCCCCGAGGACAUUGAUGUCAUCCUCUGCGCCCCUAAGGGUUCGGGCCGAACGGUGCGCACACUCUUCAAGGAGGGCCGCGGUAUCAACUCGUCGAUUGCCGUCUGGCAAGACGUGACCGGCAAAGCCAUGGAGAAGGUUCGCGCCAUCGCCGUUGCCGUCGGUUCCGGCUACUCGUACGAGACCACGUUCGAGAAGGAGGUCUACUCGGAUCUCUACGGUGAACGAGGUGUCCUCAUGGGAGGCAUCCAAGGUCAGUCUUCGCCCGCCGCUGAUAUCCUCGUGUUUCAGGGGGGGUUGAUCGACCGCGGAAAACCCCACAGGUAUGUUCUUGGCUCAAUACCAGACCCUUCGUGAGAACGGGCACUCGCCGUCCGAGGCCUUCAACGAGACCGUCGAGGAAGCGACCCAGUCCUUGUUCCCCCUGAUCGGCAACUACGGCAUGGACUACAUGUACUCGGCGUGCUCGACGACGGCCCGUCGUGGUGCGCUCGACUGGGCGCCCAAGUUCUACGAGGCCAACAAACCCGUGUUCGAGAAACUGUACGCCUCGGUGCGCGACGGAACCGAGACGCGUCGCUCGCUCGACUUCAACGGCCGCCCGACCUACCGCGAGGACUUUGCCAAGGAGUGCAGCGAGAUUGACCAGCAAGAGAUGUGGCGUGCCGGCAAGGUCGUCCGUGGCCUCCGCCCCGACAACAAGAACUAG